UUUGUGUAUAAACCAUCAGUGCAAAUAAUGGAUUCAAGGUUUUCCUGGUGGAUAUUUAUUUUCCAUCUGAUCCGCCAGGUGCAUUCAUUGCCUCAGAUAUCAAAGCAAGAUCUUGCUCUUUUGGCUACAGAUGAGAGCCCCAAAUGUUUCACCAGGAAUCUAGAAACCUUCACUUGUUUUUGGGAAGCACCUGUGGGAAAGUCAUAUUAUUUUAUCUACAGAUUUCAUGACUCAGAAGAAGAAAACAGGUGUAAUGUGACACAACAGACUUUUGAGGAGGAGGAGGAGAAGAAGGUCUUACAUAUUUGCGCCUUCCCAUCCAGUGAUGUUUUUCUGUUCAUCGAGACAGAGCUCAGGGUGGUAGACAUGGACACCAACACCACUGUCUACAGCCGGAAUGUCAGUGUGGAGGACCAGCAUAUACUGUAUCCUCCAUCAAAUAUAUCCCUUCAUCCGACUGGUGAGGUGGGACAAAUGUUAGUUGAAUGGACUAAUGUGGACAAAACAGAGUAUGAAAUUCUUUACAACUCCAAACACAAAAAAAGCACAAUUAAAAGGGUGACAGGACCUACCUAUAAGCUCACCUCUCUGGCUGCAGGAGAGAACUGUACACUGCAGAUGAGAGCUAGACCUGGUGGCAGUGCUUCAAAUAGGCUUUGGAGUGAGUGGUCAAGUCCUGUAACAGCUAUGGUGCCACAAUCUGCAGAUGAAAUGGACUUGCGUUGCCGCACUCAUGAUCUGUAUGAUGUAUUAUGCAAAUGGCGUGAAAAAUUAUUGGAUGGUGGCAGAUAUAACCUACAUUACAGGCAAACAAACAGAAGUUUAUGGAGCAGUUGGAAGUUGUGUUCCAAAGUCAACGACUCUGUGAAUCAGUGUGUCCUGUAUGGGGAGGAGUCCACUGUCUUUCAGGUUUAUCUCAGCACUGGCAAGGAACCAUUCAGUCGAACAUUUUACAUGAAGACUUUCAGUAUGAACAGCAGCAUCCAAACAGAGCCUCCAAGAGGGCUGCAGGAACAGACAGAAGCCAGGAGGCUCUGUUUAAGCUGGGAUCCACCUCUUUUGAUGAUCUCUCAGUAUCUAAUGUACCAAGUCCAAUAUCAGCUCCAAGGAGAAAAUGAGUGGAAGCUUUUCACAGUACCCAGUUCCAAGAGUAGCACUUGUCUGGAUGUGCAACUGGCAGGCCAAUACAGCAUCCAGGUCAGAGCACAACCUGAUGGAUCAAUCUACAGUGGAUACUGGAGUGACUGGUCAAAACCACUCACUGCCCACUUACCUUCAGGCAAAGAAUGGAUCUUUAUUGUCUGCAUACCAGUAGCUUUACUGAUCAUUGCCUUAGCAAUCAGAUUUUUCUUCUCUAGAUACUUCAGUAAGGUCAAGAAGUCUCUGUGGCCAUCAGUCCCAAACCUAAACAAGGUGCUGGAGAGUUUUCUGGCAGAUAUCAGCAGAUCAAACUGGGAGCCAACCUUCAUUGUCAAGCAAUGCAAUGAUGAUGCUGCCACAUCAGUGUUGGAGAUCCUGUCUGAAAGUAAGGCUGCAGUUACAGAAAAACCCUGUAAGGUGGCUACCUGUCUCUCUCAAACUGAACGAGGCAUCCUGGCUGGUGAAAAGAAUGAGGAAGAUUUUGGGGAGGGUUUGGAGAUUGCUCAAGGUUAUGUCAUUCUGAACACCAAUGACAUAAUCCCAUGCUUCACAGGGAAUGACUAUGUGUACAAGGAUGUUAAUUUAUCUCACCUAGCCAUCAAAAAAAUAUCCUCUUACCCCGAUACCUUUUCUACCACCUUCCCAGAAAGCACCACCAAUAUUCUCAACCAUUCCUAUCUCGUUCUGGCAGAACAAUCUGAGCUUCAAGAGUAUAACUCAGCAUGUUGCUAUACAAACAUACAGCUAUAGUCAUGAAGUUUUAAUUUGUGAUAAAGUCUUAAGCUUAUUCACAUUUAAACAAUAAGAGAUUUCAAAAGGACAUUUGUUAAAUGCAAUGAAUUUAGGAACAUCAAUAAAAGCAAUCAAUUUACUUUCAUCAUAUGAAUUAUAUGGGGAGGGGGGGCUGAAAACCUAACCACCCCCAAUAAUGAAAACAAACAAGCCCCCCAAUAUUUAUUCCAUGAUCAAUGUAAACAUGUAAAUACUUCACACUGCAAAUCCCUAAUUUUCAAGCCAUAUCUUCGCCCUUGCUUAUGCACUUCCAUAUUCUCAUGAUGGGGACCAAGUAAAUACAAUUUGUAUAUUGCCGUAUAAAGUAACCAAUUUACUAUGACCCUACUUCAGCAAUUAUGCUUGUAUAUUUGUAAUAUUUUGUUUGUAAGAAUACUUAAUCUUUUAAUGAACAUAACAAAAGAACCGAAAUCUCAACUGGAGGCAAUCAAUUGCUUUAUUGUGUGUGUACAUAAAAUAUAUAUAUAUAUAAAAAAAAUGAUUUUUGAUGAAAUUUAUAGUACAUUGUAUGAAAAUGUAAAUGACAAUCAUUAAAUAAUAAACAGGAAAUGUAUGAGCAUCUUGCUAUCCCAUAAUAAAAUG